AGUCAAGUCAAAGCAAAACGUGAUACAUCUUAAAAAUACGAUUAAAUAUGUUGUUUCCUGUAUCUUUGAGUUGCCGCUACAUGUUGUGCUUUUAGCGGGUUUUUUAUGUUAAAGUCCUGCGUUUCUUACGAUGUUUAGGGGUGCAGCCAGAAUGUUUUCUGUCGUUACAACCACUUCGGUUUGUCGGGGAAUAUUGUCAAGUAUUCGACACUACUGUAAGAAGACACCAACGAAACUAAGAAUAUCCAAGGCACUUUCUGGUGCUGAGUUGGGAGCAAAUGUCAGAGUACAGGGAUGGGUUCGCUCUGUUAGAGCUCAGAAGACAAAUCUCUUUCUCCAUGUGAAUGAUGGCAGCUCUUUGCAGUCAUUGCAGAUCGUCACCAGUUCGAAGCAGACAGAUCCGUUGCUCACAUUUGGUAGUGCUGUUGAAGUCACGGGAACUCUUAAGAAAAGUCCACACCAAAAACAGGCAGUUGAACUGGAAGCAGACCAAAUCCAUGUAGUUGGAACAUGUAAUCCUCCAGAUUUUCCCUUUAAAAUCAAAGAGAGACACAGCCUUGAGUAUAUUCGCCAGUUUCCUCAUCUCAGGUGUAGAACAAAUGCUUUUAGCUCCCUGUUGAGAAUACGAAGUGAGGCCACUACAGCAAUUCACUCAUACUUCAAGGAAAAUGACUUUGUGCAGAUUCACACUCCAGUCAUCACCUCAAAUGACUGUGAAGGGGCAGGAGAGCUCUUUCAGAUUGAGCCGUCAAGCCCAGAGAAAGAAGAAAAUGAGAACUUUUUCUCUGUCCCGGCCUUCCUGACCGUGUCCGGUCAGCUUCAUUUGGAAGUGAUGUCAGGGGCUUUUUCAAGAGUCUACACAUUUGGGCCAACUUUUCGUGCAGAGAACUCCCAAAGCAGGCGCCACCUGGCUGAGUUUUACAUGGUGGAGGCUGAGGUCUCCUUCACACAGUCCAUAGAGGAUCUCACCAAGGUCAUGGAGGACAUGUUCAGAUUUGCCACAGAGCAUGUCUUGGCUCACUGUGCGGAGGAUGUGGAUUUGUUUCACAAGCAUGUGACUCCUGGACACAGGGACAAAGUAGAUUCUAUGCUGAAGAAGAGCUUUCCUGUGAUUACCUACAGUGAGGCUAUUGACAUCCUGAACCGCAGUUCUCAGAAAUUUGUCUUCCCAACACAUUGGGGUUGUGACCUUCAGACAGAACAUGAGAAGUACCUGGUGAAACAUUGCGGCAACAUUCCAGUCUUUGUCACUGAUUAUCCUUAUGAUCUGAAGCCGUUUUAUGCAAGAGACAACAGAGACCAACCUGAGCAUACAGCAGCUGCAGUGGACCUUCUUGUGCCAGGAGUUGGAGAGCUCUGUGGGGGCUCGCUGAGAGAGGAGAGGCUGGAUCUGCUGAGGGCUCGGUUAGAAGAGGCUGGACUAGAAGACACCUACAGCUGGUAUCUGGAUUUGAGGCGUUUUGGUUCCGUCCCCCAUGGUGGCUUUGGACUGGGCUUUGAGCGAUAUUUGCAAUGUGUUCUUGGUGUUGACAACAUAAAAGAUGUGACUCCUUUCCCUAGAUUUUCCCGUUCUUGUCAUCUAUAAAACAGUUCAGACCUAUAGUAGAUAUUUACAGAUAUUUUUUUUAAUUUUGUGAAGUCUGUAAUUACUGUCUGGCAAACAUCAAAUAAAUAUAU